AUGGAUACCCACGACGUCUCCGAUGUUCCGGAGUACCUUGGAUAUCUUCAAACACACAAGGAAAACCUGAAAAGUGCACAAGCCUUCGAGGGCCGUCCAGCAAACCCACAAAAGUCUAAAAAUGAAAUCUUAAUGCAGUUCAAUUUUCGACAAAUGAUGAAUACGAAAACCCCUGCUGGUAAUCCGAUGAAUAUCCGAUCCUCCUUUCUACCGCCCGCCUACCCUCCAUGCGUUAAUUCCCUCAGCAAGCUGAAGAAGAUCAUGAUCAAGAGCCUGCGUCUCGAGACUCAUCAUCGGGGACAGUAUCUCCUCCUGAGAACGGUCACUCGGCCAGAUACGAUCACCGCCGUGAUGGCCAUCGUAGAAGAUGAAGACGGCAGUGUUCUCAUGCUACAGCUCUUCAACCAAGAGCAGGAGCUAUCGAGUGCACAGAGUCUCAGAGAGGGCACAGUGCUUGUUGUGAAAGAACCCUAUGUGAAAGUAAUGGCAGACGGAGACUACGGGAUUCGAGUGGAUCAUCUCUCAGAUGUCUUGUUUGUCCCCGAGUUUGACGACCUCGUUCCCUCAUUCUGGAAAAGAGGUGUCAUACAGGCUGAUGGGAGCGCCUCUUCUUGGAAGGCGAAAGGAAACGAGCAUUUUGGGAAAGGUGAUUAUCGUUCGGCAAUCCAAUACUAUUCAAAGGCUUUGAAGGCCCACCCCUCACAAGAAUUGCUGGUGAUAGCGCAGCUCAACCGUGCCUUUUCCUGUUUGAGAAGUUACCACUUUGACGCAGCGCUGAGAGACGUUGAAGAUGUAUUGCAAGUUUCUGAGCUAUCAGAAAAGGCUCUUUUCAGGAAGGCCCAAGCCCUGUAUCAACUUCGAAGGUUCAAGGAAUCGUCUGAAACUCACGCCAUUCUCGCAAAGAAGUACCCAGAUAGCGCCAUGGCUAUACAUGAGUAUGCACGAGCAACUACCCGACUUAUGGAGCAGGACAGCGGGAAAUACGAGUUCAGGGAAAUGAUACUGGAGGCCAAGAAGAAUCGCCCCCCGAGCCUUGACCGCGGCACCUACAUUGGCCCGGUGAUUGUCAAACAGACUCAAUAUCAUGGGAGAGGACUCUUCACAACAGAGGCGGUUAAGGCAGGCGACCUUUUGUUCUGUGAAAAAGCAUUUUCUCACGCUUUCCACGAUGAAAAUGGCUCACAAGAUCUCCGCCUGUUGAUCAAUGUCAACACGGACAAAGCUACGAUUGGCACUCAAGCGGAGCUGAUUGGAUUGGUUGCUCAGAAACUUUAUAAAAAUCCUUCCCUGCUGCCAGGCUUUGUCGAUCUUCAUCGUGGGACAUACAAAUCAGUGGAUGUCCUUGAAGUCGAUGGACUCCCAGUCGUAGAUACCUUCCUCGUUGAGAGAAUCAUUCAGUUAAACUGUUUCGGGACCCCUCUUUCAUCCCGCGAGAGUCACAUACGCACCAUGAAAGGGGCUGGUAAAACGGCCGCAAAGGCCGAUGGAAAGUUCCAUUCUUCUGGGGUCUGGUUGAUGGCAUCAUUUAUUAAUCAUUCUUGCUUGAGCAAUGCUCGCCGCUCUUUCAUUGGAGACAUGAUGAUCGUUCGUGCUUCAAGGGACCUGCCCCCUGACACAGAACUUACCUUUUGGUAUCAAUCACCCAUGACCCGGGAUCCAGAAGAGUUUCCAGUCGAUCUACAGCACUGGGGCUUCAAAUGCGAUUGCCCAAUAUGCCACGAGGCACAAAUUGCAGGCAAUAGUGUUUUAUCAAACCGACACAGAAUUUCGGCCGACAUUGAAAGAUUAUUUAAGACAUCGGAGAUGAACUUGCGAAAGAUUGAAGACAAAACUUCCAUGCUCGCAGGCACAUAUAGCCGACCAGAUUCUGAAGUCCCUCGUCUUGCACUGUACUCACCAUAUCUUUCUCUUGCUGUGGUCUACGCUUCACGUCGCGAACUCGAAAAGGCUGUGGAAUUUGGAUUGAAGAGCCUAAAGUCGCUUGGCUUCGUCAUCAAAGGUGGAGAAAGCCCUCGUGUCUCAGAUGCUCCAUUGAUUGUUGAAAGAUGGGGCCUGAUGACUGAAGGCGUUGUGGGAUGUUGGAUGAUUCUGUGCUUUGCAUAUCGGGAUCUCGCACCUUCUCUCGCGUCUCAAGCCGAGGGAUAUGCCAGAGUCUCCUACAUAAUCUGCGUCGGCGAAGAUGAGACUUUUGGUCAAACAUACAACAGGCGAUCAAAUCGGGUGGAUGGCUUUCUGACUACCGCAAAGUAG